AUGGACGACCAAGAAGGGGCCACCCAUAACGAGAUCAUGCUAGCUGCAUGUCGCAACGAUCAAGACGACUUGCUCAAGGAAAUGCUCAACAGCGACGAUGUCGAUUACAACUUUGUCGACGGCAUUGGUGAUGGUGCUCUUCACUACGCUGCAAAGUAUGGCUCGUUGUCAUGCCUCGAAUUAUUGGUGACGCUUAAGGCUAUCGAUCUCAAUAUGCGUGACCGAAUCGAUCAAGAUACUCCGUUACACAAGGCAGUCCAAUACAAAGAAGAUUAUGAUAUCGCGAUAGCCAUGGUCGAUCAAUUGUUGGAAGCGGGUGCUGAUCCAAGGAUUGAAAACAAGGCAAAGAUGACGCCACCGAUGUUAGUGGAUCCAAAAGAUGAAGAUAUGAAAGAGCUUUUUGAUCAAGCAAUGGCGGCAUAUGAAGUGGAUGACUCGGACAUUGCUGACGAGGAGUAUCCUGAAGACAUUGAUGAUGACCAAUUCAGUGAAUAA